CGGCGCCCGUCCCGGGCUGCCCGCCGCGCCGCCUGCUCGCGGGACGGCCCCGCCGCGGCCCGAGGAGCUGCCCCUGCUGGUCCGACCGGUCUGACCGGCUCCGCUGCCCGGUCCGGCUCUGCCGCCGCUCGCUCCGAGCGGCCGUGGCCCGCCAUAGUGCGGGCCGGGGGGGCGCGCCGGGACCGGCGGCGCCGCGGGCAGUCCCGGGGCAGCCGGUCGGUGUGAGGGGCGGUGGGAGCGGGACGGGAAAGCGGCCGGUGACAGCGGAGCCCUGAGCAUGCGGGGCCGGAUCCCGGGAAUCUGCGGAGCCCUGAGGAUGCGGGAGCGGAUCCCGGCCCUGCUCGGGCUGGCCCUGGCCUUGGCAUCGCUGCUGGCCGCGGCCGGAGCGCGCCGCAGCCAGGACCUGCACUGCGGAGCCUGCCGAGCGCUGGUGGACGAGCUGGAGUGGGAGAUCGCCCAGGUGGAUCCCAGAAAAACCAUCCAGAUGGGCUCGUUCCGCAUCAACCCCGACGGCAGCCAGUCGGUGGUGGAGGUGCCGUACGCGCGCUCGGAGGCGCACCUGACCGAGCUGCUGGAGCGGGUGUGCGAGAAGAUGAAGGAGUACGGCGAGAAGGUGGAUCCGGCCACGCACCGCAAGAGCUACGUGCGGGUCAUCUCCCACGACGGCACCAAGAUGGACCUUUCCGGCCUCAAAUUCGACGGGGAUGUGACGUCCAGCCUGAAAUUCGCGUGCGAGAGCAUCGCUGAGGAAUAUGAGGAUGAGCUCAUCGAGUUUCUCUCACACGAGGCUGAGAACGUCAAGGACCGGCUCUGCAGCAAGAGGACGGACCUGUGUGACCACGCGCUCCACAUCCCACACGACGAGCUGUGACUGCCUCUGGAGCAGGGACCGGGACAGGGCCGGGACCCAGCGGGGACAGACAGAUCUGCCAGGACCUGCACGGCUCUGGAUUUUCUGCCUCGCCCCAUGAUGAGCUCCCGUCCCAUUUAUUCCCCAUCCGGGGACACCGGGACGGCCACAGGGCCGGAGCCACGUCCUGGCUCCUGCUGGGACAUUUCAGGGACAUUCCUGCCCCACUGCCAGGGGAGACACCGGGGCUCAGCCCCCCCGGGGGGGGGAGAGGUUUGGGGACCCCCCUCCCUGCUGCAGGCAAUAAAGGGGCCGUGGGCCCACCCGAGGGCA